UCCUACAUCUUAUGAACAAAGAGGCCGUUUUUGGAUAAAGCAAAUGAAACACUCACACACACACACUUCAGACCCACAGAAGCACAUCUUCACCCUGCCAUCACACACAAACAACACGAACGGCUUAACACGCUGGUUUGUGCUGUAACUCCAUCUUCUUUCCUUUCCAUUUGUCCAGUUUUAGUGAGUUCUAAAGAAAUUCUUACAACAGAAAUGAACUUACAGACAAACUAAACUGACUUACGGAGGGAAAAUUAACGGCAAUUUCAACUUUAUUUAAUAAUUUCAAUCACAUAGCUCGUUGUUGUUAAUCGGACAAUGCCGACUACAGGUCUCCAGGUCCUUGGUUUUUUGGUUUCGAUCGCAGGAUGGGUGGGCGGGGCUUUGGUUUGCGCUACCCCGUUUUGGCGCGUAUCAGCUUUCGUCGGAGAUGAGCUUGUGGUAUCUGAGGUGCUGUGGGAGGGGCUGUGGAUGACCUGCCUGUCACAGUUGGGGAGGAUCCAGUGUAAAGUCUAUGACUCCGCCCUCGCUCUAUCAGGCUCCACCCAGUUUUGCCGCGUGAUGGUCAUUUUGUCUCUCCUCCUCGGAUUAUUCGCUCUACCAUUGGGUGCGAUUGGGAUGAAGUGCACGCACUGCCUCGAGGGUGCGCGUGAUGCUAAGGCUCGCCUGGUGCGUACGGCCGGUGCCAUCUUCAUGGCGGCCGGCGUGGCUUUCUUUAUGCCCGUUUUCUGGACCACCUUCGCUGUGAUUCGGGACUUUUACGACCCAAACGUGGCACCACCACUCAAGCGUGAGCUAGGCCCUGCCCUGUACCUCGGAGGAGGCGUGGCCUUUAUGAUGCUGGUUGGAGGGGUCAUGCUGUACCAAGGAGGCUCCGCCUCUAGUGUGGUUCCAACUAAGUCAACUUUUGGCAAAGGGGCGGGGCCAGCCAAGGACAAUCCUCACCCCACAGCUACGGCAGAGGGGAAACAGGACAAGGCUUAUGUGUGAGCAAGGAAUCAGGAUUGUCAAGUUACCAAAAAAUAAUGCAGAAAAUGAGCGAAAUUGAAAAUGAUGUUAAAACAAACAAGAGAAAAUAUCUGGGCUUCAGACAUGCUAAUUAAAUUCAGCAAUAAAAAUUUUAAAAAUGUAAAAAAUGACAAAAAAAUCAUAUGAUUUCCUGGAGCACUGAAUACAACCUGGUGAUCUGGUUUUAUUAUGUUGAUUAUAAUCUAAUUAUAAUAAUCUAAUCUGUGUUAAUAACUAUUAUGUCAGAUUUUGAAAACACUUACAGAUUAAAGUGUGUUUUUGGUGGAUAUAGUAAUUUUAAAUUGAAUGAUCAAAUAUAAAUAAUAUGGAGCAUUGUUAAAAAUAAACAUUUUAUAUAUGUUGAUUAUUUCUUUAUGAUGUUAUUUUAUUUCUGAUCAUUCCUUUUGUGUAAAAAUAAACACUCUUCUUGAUAAACAUGGACUGUUUAACAAUAAAAUGAGGUCAGCGCCAAAUCAUUUCCAAGAUUUUGUGCACGUAAAAAAACUGUUUGUGGGCUGCUUGUGCACGCAUGGCAUGUGUGUUGUGUGUGUGCGUGUGUGUGUGUGGGGCGGUUGUACGACAGCACACUGGACACAAUGGCCAUCUGUGUGUGCAGCUGUUUCUAAGAGCCUCUGAUGUCAUUAUUAUGGUGAAAAUGUAAAUUAUGGAGCCUAAACUCCAACCCGUUGCAUAAUCAUCACAGAAAUACAGUCACAUGGACCUAAACAUUGAAAACUGAAUGUCUCUUUAGAGUUGUCAUCACCUCCUUCAAUGGGAGUCAUAAUAAAAUCAAAUCAAAUCAAAUUCCGCUCUUAUCCCAGCAGCAUUUCUCAGGUUAGUAGUUUGUAAUGAGUUUAUACUUAUGUCUUAUAUUGUACAUUGUGCGUUUUAUGUAUUUAUUUUCAUUUCUUUAUGUGUGGAGUCCUGUCUUGUAGAUAGCUUUUGGGGCACGGUGACUUAGUGGUUAGAACGUUUGCCUCUCACCACCAGGGUUGGGGGUUCGAUUCCCGCCUCCACCCUGUGUGCAGAGUUUGUUUGUUCUCCCUGUGCUUCAGGGGUUUCCCCUGGGUAUGCCAGUUUCCUCCCUCAGUCCAAAGACAAGCACUGUAGGCUGAGUGGCAUCUCUAAAUGCCAAUCAGGCAUUUAGACUGGGGGCAGUCGUGGCCUAAUGGUUAGAGAGUCGGCCUUGUAACUCGAAGGUUGUUGGUUCGAGUCUCAGGUCUGGCAGGGAUUGUCAGUGGGGGGAGUAAAUGACCAGCACUCUCUUCCACCCUCAAUACCACGACUGGGGUGAGACCCUUGAGCAAGGCACUGAACCCGGGUGCCACAGCAAAAAAAGGCUACCCACUGCUGUGUGCGUGUGUGCGUGUGCGUGUGCGUGUGUGUGUGUGUGUGUGCGCACGCACUUGGAUGGGUUAAAUGCAGAGUAUAGGUCACCAUACUUGGCCACACUUCACUUCACUAAAUUGUGUGUGUGCGCGAUUGUGUCCUGCGAUGGGUUGGAACCUGUCCAGGGUGUCCCCUGGGAUUGGCUCCAGGCUCCCUGAGACCCUGUGUAGGAUAAGCUGUGGAUGAUUGGAUGGAAAUUUAAAUCCCAUUUCUAAUCUGCAAUACUCUGUGUGUCCACACGGCGUCAGCAUUAAUCAACUGAGUAUUGAAACUAGUCAUUAUGACUCAACUGUACCGAUUCAGAUUCAGUGCAGUGGAAGGGUGUAAACAACUAUUAGCGUGACUGAAUCAAUCCAAGUGUCUGUGUUUACACACUUCCAGCCCUUUAUUACAAGUGUUUAUUGUCUAGAAACAAUAUUAAAUUCAUUUGUUACUGUGUGUUUCUCUCUGGGUCUUCACACCUCUCCGCUAAUUUCAGUCGCAGUAACUAAUUUAUAGUUACAUCUAAUGUUGUGGAACGUCCUUGAAACAAGUUUCGUUCCUGUUCUUUUUAAUAAGACAAUAAAACACUGAUAAGACAAUAAAACACUACCGAGAAACUGCAAAGCGUAAACUCCUCUGUCCUGAAAAUCCCAGAAAAUGUAAAGUUACAGUUUUACCUGACUGUUACAAAGUGCUGACACUGGAGACUGCUUCCUGUGAAACCCAUGAUUUGCAGCUGCACUACUGUCAGAGCUGCUGUUAUAGAAAAUGAAUCAACACCUUCUGACCAAUCAGAAUUAUUCUAAGAGUACUGUGGUAUAAAAAAGAUGUGUACUUCAUGUCCUCACUGUGUGACCGAGUUCAUGUUCUUUAUUGUCCCUCGUGAUUGAAAAUUCCUCGUACUGUACCAUUAAAAGACAUGAAUUAGGACCGGAAUGUUUUUGCCUUGAAUGUGCAUUUGCAUUUGCAUGUGUAUGUGUGUGUGUGUGUGUGUGUGUGUGAGCAUUCCUCUAUACUGCGU